AUGUGGGUGUUCGUUGUAGGUAUAUUAUUAUUUUCUUUUUUUCUGAAAACGAAAACAUCUAGCCAAGCAUCGUAUCCGCCAGGGCCUAGAUCGUUACCUAUAAUUGGAAAUAUAUUAUCAGUAUGGUCAGAUUUGAAGAAAUACAAGUAUCACCAUAGAGUAUGGCAAUCAUGGUUCCAAGUUUACGGCAAUAUUCUGGGUUUGAAAUUUGGAUUGUUAAAAAUUGUAAUUGUUUCUGGAAGAGAAUUAAUAAAAGAAGUAUCAACUAGGGAAGUCUUUGAUUCGAGACCUGACGGAUUUCUUUAUACAAUGAGGUCAUUUGGAAAAAAAUUGGGUAUUGUAUUUUCCGACGGUUCCACGUGGUUUUCAACAAGACGAGUUCUAUUGAAGUAUUUAAAACAUUUUGGCUAUGGCACUCGGUCCAUGGAGUGUCUUAUAACAGAAGAGUGCAGAGAUCUCAUCAAACUGCGAAUGUCUGAUGCUGGUACACCAGUUCUUGUUAAUCAAAUGUUUCAUGUACCAAUCACCAAUAUAUUGUGGCGUGUAGUGGCUGGUAAAAGAUACAGUUUAAAUGACGAACGGCUUAUAAGAUUGUGCGAGCUUGUCACACGAUUAUUUAGACUUUCGAACAUGAGCGGCGGUGUUCUCACUAUCAUGCCUUUCCUUAGAUAUGUUGUACCUGACCUAAUUGGAUAUAAUGAAAUGAAAUCAGUUCACAGAAAAUUACAUGGAUUUAUUCUGGAAACUAUAAAAGAACAUCGCGAUAGUAUAGACAUUAAUAACCCCAGAGAUGUAAUUGAUGCCUUUCUUAUCGAAAUGAUGGACAACAAAACUACUGCAAUUACAGAGGAGGAACUUCAAAUUGUCUGCUUGGAUAUGUUAGAAGCUGGGAUGGAGACUGUCACCAAUACAGCAAUAUUCAUGCUCCUUCAUAUCGUACGCAAUGAUGAAGUCCAAAAGCUACUGCAAGCAGAGAUUGACAACGUGAUAGGACUGUCACGAUCACCGUCUCUUGAUGAUCGACCUAACAUGGUGUACACGGAGGCAAUGUUGUUGGAAACUCUGCGUAUAUCUAGCGUGGCUUCUGUCGGCAUUCCUCACAUGGCGCGCGAAGAUGCGUUACUUGGCCAGUAUCUCAUACCUAAGGGUACUUAUGUUCUAUUAGCGAUACACGAUCUCCAUAAUAGCAGCGAUUGGGAGAAACCAGAAUUGUUUCGUCCAGAGCGCUUCAUUAGGGAUGGAAACCUCGUACAGGAUGAAAGGAUUUUAGCUUUUGGCUUAGGUAGAAGACGAUGCAUAGGUGAAGGAUUGGCGAAGUCUGAGCUCUUUAUGUUUGUGACACAUCUCCUGCAAAAGUUCACGCUCAAAAUACCUCAGGGCGAUCCGAUGCCAUCAACAGAGCCUAUAGAUGGAAUAACGCUAUCCGCGAGGCCAUUCAGACUAGUAUUCGAGCCUAGAUUUAAGUAA